CAAAGUGGCUGUGGUUUAGGUGUCCGAAUACAGCUGUAAAAGGCUCAUUGUCACUUGUGGAUCGCUUUUGGACUGUGGGCAACAUUUAAACUGACUUGUUAACAAAUGAUUACGUGUGUGAAUGCCUGUGGAAGCCUAUUUUAUGUGUUUAUGCCUACCUGGACUGAGUUUCCCUUACGCCGAAUAGGUCUUGUCUUGUUUACAGUCCAUUUUCCUGGAAGCUGCGUCGUCAAGAUCCGACGGAGGGAAUAGAGAAACAGCCAAUCAGAGCGCUGUCUGGCGGAUCAUAUAAAGAGAGCAGAGCGCGUCGGCCGCCUGUCAUUAAUAAGGAAACGCGAGUGGAGCUCACACUUUAAGAAGAAAAGACUUCUUGUCACGAGUGGAUUGAAAACAUCUGAAUUAGUCACUGGACUCCGCUUUGAUUCCAACUAAAGGUACAAAUCGACGACUUGGUACAGUACAGUUCCACUAUUUGGAAGUUUUGCUCUGUUUUGAUAGCUUUGGUCUUCAGUAUAAUAAUACAGCGGGACUUUGCGCUGGAGAUUGACUCAUUUGGGACACUGAAGCCUCGGUGUCCGCGCAACAUCUUUGCAGCGCACUCUUGUAUUUGACUGUCUGAUUUGAAAUAUGUCCACAAUAAUGGAACAGCCUUUUUAUGACGACUCGUUUCUCUCUGCUUAUGGCCAUCCAGGCGCAGCACUGCAGGACUACAAGCUGCUUAAGCAGAAUAUGAACUUGAACUUCUCCGAUACAUAUCGGAACUCAAACUUCAAGUCACAGCACCUGCGCGCCGACAGUGAUUUCUAUCCAGGGGGGACGGCAGAAGUGGGCUCCCUGAAGCUCGCCUCUCCUGAACUAGAGCGACUGAUCGUCCAGAGCAGCAACGGGGUCAUCACUACGCCGACACCUACACAGUACCUUUACAACCGCGGGAUCACGGAGGAGCAGGAGGGUUUUGCUGAAGGUUUUGUUAAAGCGUUGGACGACUUACACAAGAUGAACCAGAUGGCUCCUCCAAACGUGUCCAUCGGCACCGGCGGGGUUGCCUGCUCGGCUCCAGCCUCGGUGUUUGGCUCAUCCAUGCAGCCAGAGCCGCUCGAGUACACAACCCUGAGCAGCUGCACCACGAACCCCAGCCUAACCUCUGCAGCCAGCUAUCCCUCCACGACCAUCAGUUACCUGCCGCAUCACCAGUACCACCAGCAUCCUCAAGCCGUUGCGCACGGAUCCCACCAUUUCCAGCACCCCCUCGCCGGGGCCGGCAUCCACUCGCAGCGCUUCGGGGGUCUCAAAGAGGAGCCUCAGACAGUCCCCGACAUGCAGAGCAGCGACAACAGCUCCCCACCCAUGUCUCCUGUUGAUUUGGAGAAUCAGGAGCGGAUGAAAGCGGAGCGUAAGCGGCUGAGGAACCGGCUCGCAGCUUCGAAGUGUCGGAGGCGCAAACUGGAGCGCAUCGCCCGUCUGGAAGACAAGGUUAAAGUGCUGAAAACUGACAACGCUGGACUGUCAAACACAGCGUCCAUGCUGCGGGAACAGGUGGCCCAACUCAAACAGAAAGUCAUGACGCACGUGAGCAGUGGCUGCCAGCUCAUGUUAGCGCCCAAAGUGAAGUCUUAUUGAAGAAAUAAUGCACUUAUAAAAACACUGGACAGUACCUGGACUAACAAAAAACCCGGUCUUCAUACGUUAUUGAUAUGAAAACCGGAUCGUCGUGGUUUCCUGCUAGAAACAUCACCCACACACAGAAAUAAUAUAAGACUAAAACACUUAGGGCAUUUUUGGAUAAGUUUUGAAAGUGUCUUGACUUUGCCUGUUUACAUUUUCUUUAAUUGCUGUUUGUGAUGCUUAUGUAACUUAUUUGCGUUUUUUGAGUUGAAUCUCACCAACCUGUUCUUUUUUUUUUUUUACGUGUACAGUAAAUAUUUAAGUAAAU